AUGCCACGUUCCUUUUUAGUGAAGAGCAAAAAGGCUCAUACCUACCAUCAGCACCGCUUUGUGGAAGAUGACCUGCCUAUAUUAGCCUGGGAUCCAGUAACCUCUCCCUUCACUGCCAUAGGAGACAAGACACCGGAGGACAUAAAGAAACAGGAUCUAGAAUGUGUGGCUCCAAAACAAGAAAAUGACCCACCUGAACUGAAAGAAGAAAGUGUCCCUGUCCAGUACCUGAGCAGGAUGCCACCAGGCCCUUCAGCUCAAGAGAUGGCCAUCCCAGGUCUGCAGAUCAAAGACUGCACUAACACAAUGAGCACCCCUUCCUUCUACAAAACCGGCUUUUCUUGGGAUGCUUUCCAUUUGCCAUACAGCUACCGACAGAUGUCUCCCACCAUGCAGUCAGCAGUCCUGGAGCACCCAGUUAGCCUGUAUGGAAGCCACCUCCUGCCAAGCACUGAGCCCCCUCUGGAUUACAGCAUGCAUUAUUCCUCAGACAUGGAGACCUACCAUUGUGUGAAGUGCAACAAGGUAUUCUCCACUCCCCAUGGACUGGAGGUCCAUGUCCGAAGGUCUCAUAGUGGAACACGUCCCUUCGCUUGUGAAGUAUGUGGCAAAACCUUUGGGCAUGCUGUAAGCCUGGAGCAGCACACCAAUAUCCACUCCCAGGAAAGAAGUUUUGAGUGCAAGAUGUGUGGGAAGACAUUCAAACGUUCCUCCACCCUCUCCACUCAUCUGCUGAUCCAUUCAGACACACGGCCCUAUCCCUGCCAGUACUGUGGCAAGCGCUUCCACCAGAAGUCGGAUAUGAAGAAACACACUUACAUCCAUACUGGGGAGAAGCCCCACAAAUGCCAGGUAUGUGGCAAAGCCUUCAGCCAGAGCUCCAACCUCAUCACUCACAGCCGCAAGCACACCGGCUUCAAGCCCUUCAGCUGUGAGCUCUGUGCUAAGGGCUUCCAGCGCAAGGUGGAUCUACGGAGGCACCGGGAGACCCAACACAGUCUCAAGUGAGGGAUGGCUCCAAGUCUUUGCUGGAGCUCCCACUGCCAGUACAUGCUCCAGGGAAGAAGUCUCUCCCCAGCAUCUCCAUCCACCGUGGGGCUGCCUACCCUAUGAAGCUCAUAUAGUGUCCUGUGUUCCCCUGGGGGCUGGCAAAGUCAUGUCAUUGGCUUUGGAGUUCUGGCAGCCCAGGGCCUUGCACAUCCCAGUAGGUGACAAAGAAACCUGCAGGAGCUCUCACUUUUCAAUUACAACAAGUGCCAGCCCACAUCUGACAUCACCUGCUCCAGUGCAAAGCCAGAGGAGUUCCUCCAAGGUCACUAUUACUCUGGUUUUACACCAUGUGCAGGAUUCAGCUCAUCAGACUGAACCAGCAGUGAGGUGGGAACUCCUGGGCUAGUGGGAGCAACAAUCUGAGCCAAGCCAGUGCUGUAACCAUGUUCUGCUUUGAUGGUUAGGAAGAUAAGGCCAGGGCAUGCAAAUAGACUGAAUUCAG